UUUAUCAAGUACCAAUUUGAUUUUGGUUUCAGGCAUCGAAUUAUUCCAAAGAGAAUCAAUGUACGAAUUGAACACAUCAAGCCAUCAAAGUGCAGGUCCGAUUUCUUAAAACGUGUAGCAAAGAACGAGGAGUUGAAGAAGGCAGCAAAAGAGACUGGUGAAAGGCUGAACCUUAGGCGACAAGCAAAGCAACCCAGACCUGGACAUUUUGUCUCUGCCAAGGGAAACCAACCUCAAGAUGUUGAGCCCAUCCCAUAUGAGUUCAUUGCUUAAUUAGUCGCUUGAAACUUGUUAAAGAAUUUAAAAUGGACUGAAAAUAAAUAUUGUCAAAGAUGAAGUAAA